AUGGUGAAGCUUCCUGAGCAUGAGCACAGUACGGCACACAAAAAAUGCUACCUUGCCUGGCGAGAAUUGGAGAGGCGUUUGGAAGAAUCUUCUGAAGUUGACAUGCUCCAUGAUGACAGAAUUCUCUCAGAGGCUCACAAAUGGAAACAGAUUCUUGCAAGAAUCAUUCAUGUUGUUGUCUUUCUUGGUGAAAGAGUACUGCCUUUCCGUGGAUCUUCACAAAGAAUUGGUGAUAUUCAGAAUGGGAAUUUUUUAGGUCUUAUUGAGCUCCUUGCUCACUACGAUCCAGUUCUACGCAAGCAUGUAACAAAAAUUCAAGUAUCGCAGGAAAAAGGUGAAAGACUGCAAGCUCAUUAUCUUUCAGCAUCAUCCCAGAACGAGUUCACUGGUUUGUGCGCAGAGCAUGUUCAUAGUCGUGUCAUGGAUGAAACUGAUGAUGCAAAAUACUACUCAAUCAUGGUCGAUGCAACGCCUGAUUCAUGUCAUGUUGAACAAACUACCUUUAUAAUCCGUUAUUUGACGACGGAGCUUCAAGAAUUUUUUGUCCAAGAGCGUUUCUUGACAUUCGUUGAUUGUUGCAAGGAGACCGGCCUUGAAAUAGCUAUGCUAAUUUUGGAAACCUUGAAACAGUUAGGAAUUCCACUUGCAGAUUGCCGUGGACAAGGAUAUGAUAAUGCUGCAAACAUGUCUGGCAAAUAUAAUGGAGCCCAACAGCACAUCCUUGCUGAAAACCCCUUGUGCCUGUAUUCACCCUGUGCCUGCCAUUCACUGAAUCUAUGUGGAGCAGAUUCUGCAGCUUGCUUCCCCAGCGAUGGUCAGUUCUUCAAGAAAAUAUUGGAUCAUCACUGCACGGCCUGUCAGACUGAUCGUGUUGCAAGUGUGCGACCAUUUGCAGCUCAACUGCCAGGAAUAUGCUCAGCUCUGGAGCAACUUCAUGCACUGAAUCUUACCCCUAAGACUGCCACUGAAGUUAAUGGUGCCGUAAAAUAUAUUUCCUCUUUUACUUGCAUCCUCAUGUCUACAAUCUGGUUUAAGAUUUUGGUAGCAAUUGAUCAAAGAAACCAGAUCAUACAAGCAAGGCAAGUUACCAUUGAUGUAGAGGUCUCCAAUCUGAAAUCACUUGUGAAUGACCUUAAAGAUCUGCGCAGUAAAUGGGACCAGAUUUUCAACGAGGUGAAGUUGGUUGCAGAAGGAAUGCAAAUGGAUUGUUUUCUCCCAGCUAAACGCAAGAAGAAAAGGAGACCAUUUUCUGACGAGACACAAGACGAGGUUUUUCCAGAAGGCGGUGUAGCUGAGGAAGAGGCAGCAUUUGAACAUGACGUUUUCUAUGUCAUUCUUGAUUCCGUUAUUGCUGGCCUCUCGACACGGUAUGAUGCAGCACACAAAAUAGAUGAUUUGUUUGGCUUUCUUUGGAAAUAUCUCGCCUUAACAGAGCAGCAAAUUUCCAAAGCCUGUGUUACCCUGGCAAAGCAAUACAAGAAUGAUAUCUCGCAAGAUGAGUUGACAGAAGAAAUGGUACAUCUCAAAGCGAUCCAUGCCGCAAACUUUGGAGACGAAUCAUUAACCCCUUUCAGCCUCUUGAAGAAAUUCAGAAAGUUCAAGCUUGCUGAGAUAUUCCCAAAUGUGUGCAUUGCCCUGAGGAUAUUUUGCACGUUGCCAGUUACCGUUGCUUCAGCGGAGCGACCUUUCAGCAAACUCAAGCUCAUCAAAAACUUCUUACGGAGCACAAUGACACAAGACCGAUUGAAUGACUUGGCUAUUCUAGGGAAAGAGAGCGACCUAACGCGAUUUAGGCAAAAACAUAGACGAGCUUCUAAAGCUGCAACACGGUUUUUGUAUUGGAUUUCAUGUUAUUCCCCAAUAAUGCUUGUAAGAGAUCGUUUUAGGAAAGAACAGAACUGUCAUAAUUGCCAGCAGAUAGAACAUGUGCAACUUAUAGAUGUAACAAAAAUGCAACAACAAUACAUCUAUACGAGUGACAGUGAUUGUCCGUACCGCAAGAUCGGCGGGCGUUGGGCAUUCUCCGCGAUACAGUUGUAUCGAAAGCAAUUUUCUAUUCCUGAAGUUAACUCCAGAACUCUUGCAAUCUCCUUUGAACUGCGCUGGUUAAAGGCGGCCUCGGUAGUGUUCGGUGUCAGGAUUGAUGAUUUCUGCCUGACAUCUUACAGCAGCAGUGUGCCAUUCACAUGA